AUGCAUUCGACGACGUGUGCCACAGUGCCGGGUCUCACCGUCCAGCAACGCAAAAUAUGCAUGAGUCAUCCGCAGGCGAUUCGAUACCUGGUUAAAGGGUUGCGAACCGCCUUAACGGAAUGCCAAAACGCGUUUAAGAAAGAAGUAUGGAAUUGCACAUUAAAUGUGGCUGGAGUUGGAACUGCCCCUUUAAAAAUAGCAUCCCGCGAAUCAGCUUAUGUCUACGCAAUAUCAGCCGCUGGUGUGAGUCACGCUCUUGCUAGAGCCUGCGCAAAGGGAUUAAUUGAAGAAUGCACUUGUGGAGAUGUUCCAAUCGCCGGUGUUGCCCGUUCACAAGACUUUGUCUGGGCCGGCUGUUCGGACAACGUGAAAUUCGCCAACACGUUCGGGCGGCGGUUCGUCGACAUUUACGAUAAGCAGCACGCGUCGGAGCCCAGGUCACAAAUGAAUCUGCACAACAAUCGCGUCGGUCGGCGAAUGCUUGCCAGCACAAUGCGUCGUGAAUGCAAAUGCCAUGGUGUGAGUGGCAGCUGUGUGACUAAAACGUGUUGGAAAGUUGUCGAAAAAUUUGAUGAUUUUGCGAUGAAGUUGUACCAAAAAUAUCAGCUAGCGAAACAUGUCACCACGUCUGGAAAUGAUCAGAAGCUGUUUGUGCGCAGCGCGUCGAAUGGAAGAUCCGAGCGAUAUUUGAAGACUGUGGAUUCGGCAAAGAACAUGCGCGCCGAAUUGAUUUAUCUCGAUUCUUCUCCGAAUUAUUGUGCCAUUGAUGUCAGGGAUCGAGAAUGCGGCGACAACUGCGGUAAAAUUUGCUGCGGAAGAGGUUGGAGAAGUCGCCGCGAGAUCGUUGAAGAGCCGUGUCAUUGCCAAUUUAUUUGGUGCUGUGAAGUCAAGUGCAAAACAUGCAAGCGACUUGUCGAGCGUAAUUUUUGCAUGUGA